GAGAACAGUCAGUUCGAGACGAGAUCCCGUCGUGUUACCUUCUCUCUCUCUUUUUCUCUUUGUCUUUUUUGUUCACCUACUCGCUCAUACACACUCAUACAAGCGACGUCGUAACAUUGAGCAAUCCGCGUGGAGGAGAAUCCGAGAUCGACCUCCUUCGUCUUGUCGAUCUUUCUUAAUCGACUUUACGCGUAUUCGUGAGGCUUGUUGGAAUCACCAAAUAGUUCUUCUUACUUAAAUUGAGUUAAACAACGUACGGAGGAAAUACGCCAACGUUACCAAAAUGGCCGCAUACUAAAAAACAUCGGGAGACUAUCGAAGUGGCUCUCCAAUAGCAGAGCUUCGAGUCUUUAAAACGACGACGACAUGACUUGUCAUGACUUUGAACGUUUAUUUUAAAAAGAGAUAGAGGACACCUUGUCCUUUUCUUCUUUCUCUUUUUUCUCUUCUUUGCUUUUUCUUAACAUCGGGUGUUAAUUAUUUCUUAUAUUGCUGCUAAUCUAUCAUAUAAUUUAGGUGGACUUAUUACGAGGUCCAUCUCAUUGAAAGAAGUGGAGCUCGAAAGGCUCGAGUCAAAACGCCCAUGCCGGACUGCGGGAAAAAAUUGCAGGAAAAGAAGAAGAAGAGAAGCAGAAGGAGGUGAAAAAACGAGAAAGGAAGCAAGAAAUAAAAUAAAACGAAUAAUCGUCGCGAUCAUCAUCGUUUAAAAUUCAAAACGAAGAGAGAUCGUGACGUUAACGUAAACAAAAAGAAAAAAAACGUUUCUCCAAAAUGGCGUCAAUUAUCGUCACGCGACUCCUAAUUUUUCUUACUUUGAUAACGUUAUCCUGGAAGAUAGUAAAUUCUCAUGUCGCUUUGACUUUUCCACGAGCGAGAACAUAUGAUUUGGAUUUUCUCGACAAUGGCAGGACACCUGGCCCCUGUGGUAUGCCACGUGGAACCAUUAAGACAACCUUACUUUCCGGAAGUAACUUCAACAUCACGUGGCACCUAUCUUAUCCUCACAGGGGAGGAUUUCGGCUUCAAAUACUUGAUAGCCUCGACAGACCUUUGGUCGAUUUAACACCAGUAACACAACACAGCGAAUUUGUUGAAGACGAUGCAACAGCUCAAAGUUAUCACGUUCAGUUACCUCAAAACUUUACCUGCAUCGACUGCACUAUCAGACUCCUUCGAAAAGCUGAGGAAUGGGGUUUUAGUUACAGGUUCUGGUCAUGUGCAGAUAUCGACAUACUUGAUAAAAAGAUCUACAGGGAAGACUGCAGCGGUCACGGCAGAUACCUUCUGGGUAGAUGUAGAUGCGAUCGUUUCUACCAUGGCGCAAGAUGCGAAUUUAAGGAAGAGUGUCUCGACGAUACGGAUUGCGGUACUCAGGGCACGUGCAUCGACAAUGGUGGUACGACCGCACCCACUAAACUCUGCUACUGUAACAUCGGUUGGUUUGGACCAGGUUGCGCAAAAAGAUCACCGGUAAAAACGGUUGACUUAGAUUUAGAAUCUUAUACGAUGAAACGAUUCUCAGAUGAUGUAACCUUUUACUGGAGGAUUUUAUGGACAAGCAUGGAAUUAGAAGGUGUUCUCGUUGCAAACAGUACCACUUGGAUCGGUGUUGGUUGGAGACCGAGUAACUUAACUCCAGAAUGUCGUGCAUUUCCUGAAAUAAAUGAUCCACCAAAAGAUGAACCACUACCUAAACCUGAGCCUAAAUCCGAACCAGAACCCAAACCAGAAUCAGAAGGAAAAAUCGCGGAAAGUAAAAGCCAAUCGAGUAAAUCUGUUAUGGCUGAACUGGUGGCUGAACCUAAAGCCGAACCAGAACCAGUAGCAGAAACAGAACCACAACUAGAGUCAGAACAUGAUAGCGAAAGGUCUGGUGCUAAAAGGAGAUCAGCUAAAGUAGACGGUACAACGUCCGUGACCUAUCGACCAGAUGAUGUUACUGUACAGACUAGUGUGACUUAUCGCGUUAGCACAAAACAAGGUCGUAAACGUAGAUCAUCCGAAACAAAAACAUCGCUGUCGGACGGUGGGCGCGCAACCAAGUCGGCCGUCAUCAUUGGCACAGAGCCAGAAUCCAUCUCCGAACCGGAACCUCAACCUGUGUCAAAACCCAAAUCUCAACAAGAAUCUAAAUCUAAGUCAGAUUCACCAUCAACGCUUGAACCUAAAUCUGAACCUGAACCUUUAACUGAACCAGAACCCGAACUUAUAUCCGAACCAGAACCAAAGUCUGAGCCCGAGCCCAAAUCUGAACCCGAGCCCAAAUCUGAGCCCGAGCCCAAAUCUGAAACAGAACCUAAAUCCGAACCAGAACCAAAGUCUAAACCUGAGCCUAAGUCCGAACCUGAACCAAAUUCUAAACCAGAGCCAAAAUCUGAACCUGAGCCUAAGUCCGAACCUGAACCCAAAUCUGAACCUGAGCCUAAUUUCGAACCUGAACCCAAAUUUGAACCUAAGCCUAAAUCCGAACCAGAACCAAAUUCUAAACCAGAACCAAAAUCUGAACCGGAACCUACUUCCGAGCCGGAGCCAACUGAACCUAUCUCAGAACCGGAAGCUAAGUCAAUCCUCAAAACGGGAACAACGAAAGCGUCGGUACCAUCAGUGGGACAUAAAUAUACUCCGAAACACGACUUUAAUCCUAUGGAUUGUACGGAUAUAAUAAUCGGUACGGCAAGAGGAAUGGCGCAUAGAAUCGGGGAUUAUUAUACAAGAGAUAGAUCAACGCCUCGUCAAGACAAUUAUUGGGGUGGAAAAGAUAGUUUGACAGCAGCCAUGGGUUUCGAACGAGAUGGUGUCACCACAAUACUCUUCAGAAGGAAACUAGAAACAAACGAAUCCACGGAUCAUGCUUUCCGUGAAGGUAAUAUGCACGUGAUAUGGGCCAAAGGUCAGGAGCCAGGUCAAUACAUUCAUCGUCCACCAAGUGGUGUUGAAAAAUCCAAGGUUUCCGUUAAGGAAUUUUAUAAGGUCGAUGAACUAAAGUAUCACGGACAUAAUUCACAAAGAGGUGUAACAACCAUCGACUUCUUUGAAAACAAUGGCGAAGAAGAGGAAGUUAAUGUACCGUUACCAGGUGGAGGCUGCGGUGGUUCAUGGCAAUAUCCAAGACAUUGUUCAAUUGAAAAUCAUACAUGCGAGUACGCUAUAGAAUGGAACUACAAAGCAAAAAUGGAUCAAAUAUCCUUCGUGAUUUCUACAACGAACACAAGUAGUUGGACUGGAGUUGGAUUUUCUAAGGAUGACAAAAUGACACAAACGGAUGCAGUCCUUGGAUGGGUGGAUAAAACCACUGGUCGGGAGUUCGUCAUGGACACUUGGAUGAGCGGUUACAAUCCUCCCCUAUUAGAUCCUUCCCAAGAUAUUUAUAACACACACGGACGAAUCGAGGAUGGAAUUAUGACAAUACGAUUUUCAAGAAAACGUAUCACAAAGGACACUACUAGAGAUUUCUCAUUUACCGAUGAUAAUUGCCUGUACAUGAUGUAUCCGAUAAAAGGUGGCAAAUUCAAUGCAGUUAACAAAAAGAUUCAAAAACACAGUGCUCCACCAAUGGUUUCACAAAAAAAAAUCUGUAUAAGGCCUUGCGGUGCAGAAGAAAUAGAAGCAAUGACAACACCAGCUCCACCAAGAUUGUAUUACGAUAUUGAAGUUAAGUUAAUUAACCUCGGUGAUGGUUUUGUUCCACCAUUGCGUAAUAGUCCCGAUUUCGAAAUCAUCUCUAACACGAUAACAGAUAGUUUUGGACCGGUUUUCGAAAACCUUCCUGGAUAUUAUCGAAUCUCUCUCGAAGAAUUGAAACAAGAUAAAGAACAAAGUGGAUCAAUAGCGCAUAUUAAAUUAAUUUUGGAUAAGAAUGAAAUCAAAGGCAGAGCUUUAAAUCCAUUGGACACAACAGCAGCUGUAGAAAAGGUAUUAAAAGAAGUUCUCGUUAGUGGCAAAGUUGGUGCUCUUUCCGUUGAUCCUCAGUAUCUAGUCAUCAAAGCACCUCGAAUAAGCGAAGAAAAUGAAGUAAACAAUGAAGACGAUCGAACAUUAAAACCAACGUUCCUGUUAAGCGAAACAAAGUUAUACAUCGUCGUUGGAUGCGUUGCUGCAUUGAUAGCACUAGCUCUUUUACAAGCUAGCUGUACACUUUACAAAUCUUCAAGAAAACGCUCGACCAAGGAUCGACUGAUAAGCAGUAAUGCAUGGAAAGACUAUUCCUCCGGAGCAAACACUAACUUUGGAUUCGAGUCUUUCGAAACAGAAGAAAAAACUCAUCCACCACCCGUGUCCAGUCUUCCAAGACCCAGAGAAAUGACUGGGAAUGGUACCAGUCUUGAUCACGACACAGUAGAGGGUCCUAAUAGAAUAGUCAGUCCUAGAGCAACUUACAGUUUACCUCGUGCUCCAGGUUCGAGGCACAACGUACCAACACCAAUGCAACCAGGUUAUUAUACUCAAGAUCGUAGAAAUCAGUAUCAACGAUCAAAGGGUCAUCAGGGUUCGACAAACAAUGCAGCAACUCAGGCGAAUCAGCCAGACUUUUACUUCAUGCCAAGUCAACGUAAAUACAGCGGAGAAGUUGUGCGUGUUUAUGUUGAUUACGACAAUCAAAUGCCAAAAAAAGCGCAAUGAGAAUGGAAGAGCAUCGUAAAUAGAGCGUUUGAUAUAAAGACUUUCCAACAAAUAAUUUCAUCUUCUUUCUUGCUUUAGUGAAGAGUUCUGUAAAUAAGGUUGAAAUCUCGUGAACAAAAAUAACAGAACAAAAUUAACAAUAAAUUCUCAGAGAGUUUAAAAACAUUUCUGUUUGAACGAAAAGGAAAUCUACUUUCAAAGCUUUCACUCUCUCGAGAAUAUCGUAUACGUUACGUAUAUAUGUACGUAAGCAUAAUAUGCGUAUAUGUCUCUUCGUCAUACGUACUUCGAUAUGAGUAUGAAAAAAAAAGAAAAAAAAAAAGAAUAUUUCGAGAAAAGUGGAAACGAUACAAACUUACAGUAGCAGCCGCUUUCGACCAAAGAAUUAAUCAAUAGUGUACGCACGCGCUUCAAGUCGUGCGUGAUUUUGUACAAAAGUGUGAGAAAAUGAAAGCUGCGAUCGAUUAUCAGUGUUACAGACAUGACGAACGGCGCGCGCACGCGUGCACAUCGUUAUUAUAAAAUAUCUCUAAUUCAUAUCGAAAAGACGAUAAACGCGUUGCGGUAUAUACUAUAUGAUGUACAUAUGAAAAUUAUAUAUUAUAUAUGCGUAAAAGGUAUAAGUAGAAUGCGGCACACGUAUGUUUACGCUAAUAAUAAGUUUGUACAUUUUUGUUCUUUUUCUAAAUGGAUUAUACGAUA